AUGGCCGAACUCGAGUUCCCACCCAUCUAUCUCCUUGCAGCUCACAUGGAUCCAGACGAGGUCCUCGAGCUUGAACGCCAGAUGCCAAGUUUGACCCCGGAUAUCAGCAGAGCUGAGGUGGUCGUCGGCAAGAUCACCAAGAAAGAACGGGCCGUCUUUGAACUCAGGCGCCGCAAAAUCAACACCACGGAGCUCCUUCAAGUUACCACUGACGAAUCGCAACCAUCUCCAAAACGUAGGAAGCUGUCUGCAUCACGCUUAGCUUCAGGUGAUGAUAGGUCGAGCACUGCUUCCGGAAGCGACGAUGUUGGGGUGACCAGUCCCAAAGUCAGGCGCCAGUGUGAUGAGCCGCCCCUAUCCUCUAAAGACGCAGGGGGAAUUAUCAAGGUCGUCAAUCUGGUCUGGUUCACCAACUCUUUGUCAAAAGGCGUAGUACUACCUACCGACAACUACCUAGUAUAUCAGGGUCGCAAAGAGCCUCAAGCGACACUCAAAGAGCACUUUCCGAAAGCUGUGGAUAUUCUUAGACGCGCUAAAAACGAGGAAGAGAAGGCUCCGGGAUCGCAUGGCCAAUUGGCCUCUAGUAGCCAUAAUGUUGACGUGAAACGUCCGAGGACUCCAGCUCCGGCUAAGCGGCCAGCUUUCCUCAAGGAGACAACCUCUGAGCACGACUUAGAUCUUGAUCUACCAUCUAUUCCCGCAUAUCUACAUACGACGUACUCCUGUGAACGGCCGACCCCUUUUGAUUCUCAAAAUGAGGUUUUCAUUGAGGAGCUCAAGAAGAUUCGAACGACUCGGUCUCUUACGGGCGACAAGGUUGGCGUUCGUGCGUAUUCCACCAGCAUUGCAGCUUUGGCAGCCUAUCCGCACCCACUACAUCGAGCCUUAGAAGUAUCAAGGCUGCCCGGUUGCGGGCCAAAGAUUGCCGACCUCUUUGAAGAAUGGAAAAGUACAGGUCACAUUCAGGAAGUGGAAAAUGCUGCUAUUGACCCGCACAUCACCGUUCUCAAACUGUUCUAUGAUAUCUGGGGUGUGGCCGAAACGACAGCUCGCGAUUUCUAUAACCGGGGGUGGAGAGAACUAGAUGACAUUGUCGAGUUUGGGUGGAGCCAUCUGACCCGGGUUCAGCAGAUCGGAGUCAAGUACUAUGACGAGUUCCUGGCCACCAUUCCUCGAGCAGAGGUCGAGAGCAUUGCCAACACGGUGCUGGCGCAGGCCAACGGAAGACGUCGAGGUUUUCACAUGGUCAUCGUUGGCGGCUACAGACGAGGCAAACAGGAAAGCGGAGAUGUGGAUGUCGUCCUCAGUCAUCCAGACCCAGAUGCGACCCAUCGCUUCAUUGAAGACCUCGUCACCGGCCUUGAGGAGGACGGUUUCAUUACGCACACCUUGAUACUGAGUACCAAAAACUCAGAGCGCGGCCAGGCACCUCUGCCCUGGAAGGGGGAGGACAGGAACGCAGGGUCCGGCUUUGAUACUCUGGAUAAGGCCCUGGUAGUCUGGCAGGAUCCUGUGUGGGACAAGUCGGCACAUGCGAAGAACCCACACCCUCACCGGCGUGUGGAUGUCAUCAUCAGCCCUUGGAAGACGGCAGGAUGCGCGAUCAUCGGAUGGUCGGGGGGUACAACCUUCCAGAGGGAUCUUAGGAGGUACUGUAAGGCUAAGAGGUCGCUCAAGUUCGACAGUAGUGGGAUUCGCAGCCGCACCACUGGGCAAUGGGUUGACCUGGAGAGCGACGGUGGACAGCCGGCACCUGACCUGCUCACAGCGGAAAAGAGGGUGUUUGAAGGGCUGGGCCUCGAAUGGCGAGAACCAACAGAGAGGUGCACUGGCUAA